AUGUUGUCGCCUUUCUUGUUUUCUUCCGUUUGUUUCAUCGCCAUUUUGUCCGCCCACACGCAAACGUUUCACACUUCGUCCAGGCAUCUACAUCCAGAACUGGAUCCGUACGACGAAAGCGAUUCAAUCGAAGGGGAUACAACGUUCGGUGGCGGUCCAACCGGCCCGCCAGUGCCUUAUCCGACACUAGACGACGAAGAAAUGGAUGAACCACUUGGUACAUUUGAUGUGGAAGCAUUUCGCAAACAUUCGCUGUAUGAACCUUGGAGCAAAGCUUCGAGGUACAUGAACGAGAAACUGAGAUUCAUCACCAAGUACAUUCCUCUGACGCCAGGUCCAACCGGUCCCCCUGGACCGCCAGGACCUACGGGACCAACAGGAGCAACAGGGCCGACUGGGCCAGACGGCCCCACAGGCCCUACAGGGCCAACGGGGCCUCCUGGUGCAGCCGGAGCUGAUGGGGCGAACGGGGUAAACGGUGCGAACGGAGCACCUGGCGCUAAUGGCGCACCUGGGGGAGCUGGACCAGACGGCACUCCUGGCACGGACGGUACAGGUGGCACUCCAGGUGCCGCUGGAGCGGAUGGAACACCGGCUACCUCUAGCGCAACAGCUGGAGGAGGAGGAGGCGGAGGAGGUGGUGGCGCUGCUGAUGGCACUACAGCAGGUGGUGCCGGCGGCGCGGGCGGUGCUCGUUCUUUGCGCGCAUUCAACCUGCCAGUGGGUCCACCAACACCCGAGGCAGAUAGGCAGCGUCGUUCUGUACGCCAUGACGCAUCACCUGCAUUUCGUAAGAAAUCUCAGUUAGAGCCUUGGUAUAAAGCAUCCAGAUAUGUCAGCGAGAAAUUGCGAAUUUUCACCAAAUACAUUUCAAUAACACCUGGACCAACAGGACCACCUGGUCCCACGGGACCUACUGGCCCUACAGGCCCGACGGGUCCUACUGGGCCGACAGGACCUACCGGCGCUGCUGGGGCCAUAGGGGCGGCUGGGCCGGCUGGUCCGAAUGGAGCUGCUGGUCAAGAUGGACAGGCUGGUGUAGAUGGCGCUGCGGGUGUUGACGGUGUGGUGGGCGCCCCCGGUUCUGACGGUGCCAACGGGGCAGACGGGGCAGACGGCGCCGCCGGUGCAGCUGGUGGAGGUGGAUCUUCCUCUUCGUCCGCUGCCGGAGGAGGUGGCGGAGGUGGUGGUGGAGGAGGUCGUCGCUCGUUCGAUGCCUACCGCUUUGUAUCGGAAGGCCCCAUUGGACCACCAUCGCCCUAUGAAGACGAUCCUUACGGUCCCGUUGACAGAUUGCUUGAACGCGGAGAGAGGGCGCUAGUUAGCUUACUUGACCACAAUGCCGCAUGGCAGCCGUGGUACAAGGCGGGCAGAUACGUCGUCAAUAAACUCAGGUUCUUCCAAACGUAUUUCCCGUUAACGGGACCCACAGGGCCUACAGGGCCGCCUGGCUCUCCAGGUCCAACAGGACCUCCAGGACCGACGGGACCUACGGGGGCAAUAGGACCGACUGGACCAGACGGUCCUGCGGGUCCACCAGGACCACCAGGCAAUGACGGCAUACCCGGCGUUCCUGGCGUCAAUGGCGCUGCAGGCACUCCUGGAGCUGCUGGACCACCCGGAGCGGACGGUGUUCCUGGCGUACCGGGGGUACCAGGCGCGUCCGGCGCACCUGGCGCAGGUGGAGGAUCUUCGUCUUCAUCUGCGGCAGGAGGAGGCGGCGGCGGAGGUGGUGGUGGUGGCCGAGCCUUCGAUUUAAUUCCUUCGCCCAAUUAUCUGAAAAAUCGUCCCAUAUCCUGAAAUGUCCGUCAAUGU